AACGGCUCCACGCCUCUGCCCAGUUUCUCCGAUGCAUACAUAUCCCGUUGGUGCCAAUCGCAAUCAGUUGUCUGAACGAAUUAAAAUUCCCCAGGACCACUAACCGCGAUCCAUUCCUCCCCAAACACACACACGCGUACACAACGACACGGCAGCCGGCAGGCGCACCUUCCCCCACACCGGCCAACGCCCAACGCACCGCACCGCAGGUCCUCGGCCGGCCGGCCGCCAUGGCCGCCGCCGCCGCCACGGCCUCGUCGCGGACCAAGACGGAGGAGCUGGACGCGCCGCUCCACGCCCUCGGCUUCGAGAUCGACGAGGUCUCGCCGUCGCGACUCACCGGCCGCCUCCUCGUCACGCCCACCUGCUGCCAGCCGUUCAAGGUGCUCCACGGCGGCGUGUCGGCGCUGAUCGCGGAGGGGCUCGCGAGCAUGGGGGCGCACAUGGCGUCGGGCUACCGCCGCGUCGCCGGCAUGCAGCUCAGCAUCAACCACUUCCGGAGCGCCGCCCUCGGGGACACCGUCCACGCGCAAGCCGUCCCCGUCCACGUCGGCCGCUCCACCCAGGUAUGGGAGGUAAAGCUCUGGAAAAUGGAUCCAUCCACAGAAGGGAAAGGACUUCAAAUCGCCGAAGCAAGAGUCACGUUGCUCUGUAAUCUACCGGUGCCGGAUGAGACGAAAACUGCGGGAGAAAAUCUUAGAAAAUACUCUAAACUGUAAAUCUCCAAGGGACAAUCUUCAUAUUGGAUUAUCGAUGAUUCACAUGUGACCAUGAUGUAAAAUAUUGUUUUCAAGCUUCUUAUUUUUUUCUCAUAUAUCUAGAAAAAUUAAUCA